GUGAAAUGUGACAAGUGUCGAAUGUCGAAUGCUCAGGGGAAAAUUUGAUAGGAUAUACGAUGCUUGUGCUUGUGUGUGUUGUACAGACCAUGUACAAACGGUUUUUUUGAUUUCCAGAAAUAGAUUUGAAAAGAAAAAAGACAUUUUCCUUGCAUGAUUAUAGCAGUAAAAUUAUCUGUAGUUUGGAAUAAGCAUGGACGAAACCGAUGACAAUAAUGCAGAGAAUGGAACAAAUAAGAUAUUACCUGUUGAAGAAAAGGACAAGGAGUCCGAAGAUUCACUUUCACUCUCCUUAACUCCGCCGCUCUUAGAAGAACAUAAACAAAAAAAUGUAAUGGAAGCUCAAGACUCAAUUUCCGAGCAUCUAAACUCUCAUAGUAACAGUGUAGAAAAUGACCGUUCGUGUCAUGAGAUUGAAAUAUCUGACCAAUCCAAUGUAAUGCUUAAUUUACCAACAGAAAAAAACACUUGUGCACCACAAGACAUACCUCUAGAUAUCAGUAUUUUAAGUGAUAGUAGCAUAAUCAGCUUAAAUUUCUUAGAACGCAUAAGAAAUUUAGAUAUUGGUGAUGAAGGUAAAGCUGUCUUGGAGGAAGUACUGAGUAGUGAAUCUUUAAAGUAUAGAAAAGAUGUAACAGAUUCUAGAGAAGGAAGUCUGGAUAUUUUUGCUAAUGUUGAUUUAGAUGACCCAAGCUUGUCUAACACUAAAAUAAGUGAUACUGGAGGUAAAAAAGAGAUACAGGGUUCUCAUGUUCCAAAUCAAGCUUUGAAUAACCCUGAAGAACCAAAGUUACUUACUGCAUUAUCAACUGAAUUAGAUUCAUAUAAGGAGUGUAGCAAUACAAACACAGGAAGUUUGUCAACCACAGAGUACAAACAACUCCAUGAAGAAUGCCAUAAUAAGCUUUUAGAAUAUGACAGUGCUCUUGUAUACAAAAAUGACCUGAUUGCACAAUUGACUGAAUCAUUGGACCAGUCAGUUGCAGAGAGGAAAGAGCUUCUAAACCAAAUUUAUAUUUUUAAAGAGGAAAUUGCAUCUCUUAAAAAUCAGGUACAAGAAGCUACACAGAUGGUUGCCCAACAUAAAUGUACAUCUGAAAAUUCCAGACAAGAAAGUAUUCAGCAAUCUAGUGCUGAUGAUAAUAUUAAGAUUGUCAGCAAUACUGAUAUAGAGAAAGAAUUUGCAAGCUUAGAAGAUUGUAUCAAAGAGGAUAAACUGGCAACAUUCGAGAAUCUUAAGCAAAACAUGUUGAGCUACAUGAGUGAGAACAGUGAAAAAAACAAACAAAAAUUUGAGGCUCAAUUGAAGGUCAUAAAGGAAGAAAAACAACUUGAAAAAGAAGAAUAUGAGUGUGAAAUUUCGAAAUUAAGAGACUUGAUAGCAAAUAUAAAGUGUGGCUCCACAGAAAUAAUGGAAAUAAAACAUGAAUUGGAAGCACUACAUUCAAAAGAACUGGAAGAAUUGAGAACAUAUUUUGAGAAAAAGUGUGCAGAACUUGAGAAAAAUUAUUCAGAAGAGGUAUUUAGCCAACAAAGCAGAAAAAUGUCAGGAUCAACAUGUUCAGAAGCUGAGUUGAACUCUGAUGUACUGUUCUCUAAUACGCCUGGUCCGUGUGGUGACACCAGCUAUAACAUUCAACUAAAUCUCACCAAAAAGGAUGUAGUGAAUUUAAGAAAUGAGCUCAGUAGCCUGUUAGAGAGGAUUGCAAAAUAUCAGUUGGAUAACAUAUCAGAUGAUGAUAUGGAAAAGUUGAAAUCGGAGAUUUUAUCAUCCAACAUGGGCAUUCUGCUGAAAUAUGAUUUAGGAGUGAUACGGAGUGACCUUCAAAACAAGUACCAUGCUGAGCUAGAGGUAUUAAGGGAGGACCAUGAAAAUAAGGUCGAUAUGUUGAGGUUGAAACAUGAGGAUAAAUUACGAACUCUAGAGAAUAAAUAUUUAGAGGAGAUUAAUGAUUUGAGAAUUCAGUUAGAGGAGAUUACUAGGCAAAAUAUGAAUAGCAGUUCUGCUGUUCAGGAGGUAGGUAGCUCUGGUGAAUUUGAAAUCAAUGAAGUGGUGCAGAGCUAUGAAAGGCGCUUACAGGAACAAGUUACUCUCGCGAAAAUUGAUAUCAUUUCUGCCCUUGAGAGCCAAAUACAGCGGUUGGCAUCUAGUGAAUAUUAUGAUGAAGAAUGGCCUACAGAACUUCUCCAGCUACGGAACAAAUUCACUGAAAAAUACGAAGCCCAAAUAGCAGCUAUGCAACUCGAACACGAGGAGGAUAUCAAGAGACUAAGAGAUGAGCAUGUUAAAGUCUUGAAUGGGGCACUAGAGAGGGCUAGAAGAAGAAGUUUGAGAGAUAUUGACUCUCUGACUAAGGGUGACUUGGAACUGCUUAGAGAAAGGGACACUCUCAAAAAGCAGGUGUCAUCGCUGAGAAACCUUCUAGGGGAACUCCUGAAGUACUUUACAGAAUGUGAAGAUGAGCUGAAUAACACUUUAGUAGAUGAAUUGUUAAAACAAGGUUUUGAGAAAAAUCUCACACAAAUAGAGGACGAGUUGAAUACUAGUACUAACAGUUCUAGUAGAACCGAUACCUCUGGAAAUGUUACCAGAGUACAUUUGACUCCUAAUUUCAAUGAGCUACUCACUCUAAUCGAAAGCAGUUCACAAGGGGAUUCAAAGGAUAUAUCAAUGGACCUUAAGAAUGAGCUUGAAUGUUGCUUAGAGAAACUGAAGCAAGAAGCGAAUGCUAUUCUAACUUUAACUUCAAACAUUACCAAACAGCAGGCUAAUCAUAUUGUUAAAGAUGCUGGAAAAACCAGUGUUCCAGAAGAACAGGUAUCAUCUUUGACCAGGCAGCUAAUAAGUGAAACCCAAGCCAAAGAAAAGCUUAAAGAACAGCUGGAAGAAACCAGAAGGUAUGUCGAGUUGCUUGAAAAAGAAAAGGAGACCUUAGAACUGGAACUAGACAGAGUGAUUGCAAGCAAAAACAUGCUGGAAGGUGAUCUGGUACAAACCAGAAACAAAUUGGCAGAGCUGAUCGAAAAUGGACGAAAAGAAAUUAUCUCUGAAGGUUAUGGCGAAGAAGGUGCCGCCUUGAGAAGCUUAGGCGAUGCAAUGGCAACACUUGGCGAGUUGCAAGACAAAGCUAGAAGCUUGCUGGCUGGAUCGAGAGCCACUGCAGAUCCAGCUUUGCUGCAGUUGAUGGAAGGAUUGUGUGAAGUCGGGGAGCGGAUCAAAGAGGAGUCCAAGAAAGACAGGGAUGAUUUGAUCCUACAAGUUAAAGAAAUGUUACUAUCCAGUAGUACAGGUGAAAAGAUAGAAGCAGCUGACAAGAAAUACAAGACUACUCAAAAGUUUCUUGAAGACCAGGCGAUUGAGCGAGAGCAGGAACGAGACGAAGCUCAGAAGAAGAUAGAGAUGCUGAUGGAGCAGUUGAAGGAAAAAGAAAGGGACAAAAUGAAUUACGAGAGGGUUAUUUCGGAGAUAAAUGGUUGCAACUGUAAAGGCACUACACGCAAGGCAAUACAAAAGGUUGAAAGACUCGAAACGCAGUACCAAGAAUUAACAGCAGCACUUACUGAACAAGUACAGAAAUAUAAAGAACUGGAAGUUGAAAGAAAUGAAGCCGUUGAAAAAAUAAAAAUACUUAGAGAAAUAAUACGAGAACUUGAGAAUCAGACUGAAAAUAAGACCAAAGAGAUACAAGACUUAGUGCAGACUGUAAAAAGAUUAGAGGAGCUUUUGGAUCAACACGAUAAUUCAAGUGAAGGGAAGAAAGACACGAGUUACGAAACUGAAGCCGCUGAAAACGAGCUAAGAAGACACAUUGAAUAUCUGGAAAAUGAAUUGCAGCAACUUCGAAUUUACGCUGAACUGGCUGGCAGUGAAGGAGCCUUGCAAAAGAUUAGAACGGAGUUACACGAAUUGGAUGUUCAGCUAGACAGAAAGACCAAAGACUUGGAGGUUCUACAUUCCACGGACAACUUGACUUGCAGUUCACCGUCCGAAGAUAUCUCUGCUAGAGAUAUACCAAGAUCAAAAAGUCCAAUAAAAAUGGAUGACUGUGAGGUACCACUGCAACAGCUGGCAAGACUCAAAGAAAAAUUGAUAAGACAUUCUAGAGCUGAAGAUGCAGCUAUUAAGAGAAUAAGGGAUCUAGAGAUGCAAGUUUAUAGCCUUAAACAUGAUUUAGAGGAAGCAACCAAUGAAAAAGACUACAUGAAAAAGCAAAUUCAAGAGCAGCUAGUCCUUAUCUCCGACUUCCAAAUUCGAUUGGAUGAACAAAGAAUUAGAGCCGAACAUAUUGAAAAACAAACAAAUACGUCACUAGAAACGAAGAUUUAUGACUUGCAAAAUGAUAUUGUUGCGCUAAGGGAGAAACUGCAAAAUAAAGAUAAAUUAUUGAACAGUCAACAGACGUUGCUGACAGAGACCCAGGAACGAGUUAAAGCUCUCGAGGCAGAAAUCGAAUCCCAAAAGGAUGACGAAAUCAUUGUACAAAUGCAGAGGGAACUGGAAAUGCUCAGAGUUGAAAAUGCUCAAAUGAAAGACAGAAUAAACAAAGAAGCACAGAUGGUACCGAAUCUGGUAGGAAACAUAAUAUCAGACAAAAACACCGACAUCGAAAAUCUCAAAGAAAAGCUUAGCGAAACUGAGAAGCUUCUACAGUCAUAUACAUCUUUGAAUCUAGAUCCGAACGAGCUCAAAGCAUUAUCUAAUAUGAAAAAUAACGGUACGACUCUAGAACAAAUUAUCAGUUUCCUAGAUAUGUCUCAUCCAGAACAAGUAAGAAGGCUGGACCUACGACAAGACAGUUUGAAUUCUUCCAACAUCCUACCGCAUAGGAAACAAGGCGACGUCACUCCAGAACCUGAAAUAUCGGCAAUUGCACCUUUCAGUUUGGGACACUGUAAAAAUUCUACGGAAGUCAAUAGUAAAAAAGUUCACUUCGAGGAUUCUGAAAGUGAAAAGAAGAAUAACACUGAUAAUCUGAAACAGCAGCUUGAAGAAAAAGACAAAGUGAUAAAAGAAUAUGAAGACAGAUUGAAAAUGCUCCUGAAUUUAGAACAGAAGAUAGAGAAUUUGCAAAAAGCUUUAGAAGAAACUGAAAAGGCACUUGCUAAUGCUACACAAACCUUUGAGAAGGAGCAGAAAGAGCUGCUGGAUAGAGAAAAGGAUCUUGGUGUUGAGAUUGCUGCAAAGAAGUUGAAAAUAGAGGAACUACAGAAAAAGGUGGACGUUCUGGAAAUGGAUUCUAACAGGAAAGAUGAGAUGUGUUUGAAGCUAUCAAAGGAGAAGAAAGAAUUAGAAAAUGCACUUAACUCAUUGAAGAGGAACAGCUAUAACAGCGUAGAUACAGUUAUCAACGAAAAGAACAAAGAAAUCGAUAACUUGAAGUUUGAGUUCGCUAAUGUGGAGAGACUGUUUCAAAAAGAACUGGAAAACAAAGAUGUGGAACUGCUUUCCUUGCAUUCUCAACUGGAGGAUCUUCAGUUCAGAGUCGAAAAGUUGCGCGAAGCGAACAAGUGCUUGGAAGAAACGCUUAAUAUAAGUAAUAGUGACAAGGCUAAGUUGACCAAAGAACUGGAAAAUAAUGCCAAGCAAAUUGAGAAACUAAGCUCAGACAAUGAUACUUUCAGAGAGAAGUUGAACAGGAAGAGGAAAUCGUACAGAGACCUGGAAGAUGUUUUAGACAGAAAGAAGAGACAGAUCUCGGAUCUGGAGGAAGAAGUCAAAAAGCUUCAAGAAAGAUUAGUAGAGAGGGAAGAAAACAUUAAAGUUAUUAGUGAGAGUGUCAACGGUUACAGUAACGAAAUAGCAUCGCUCAAGCAAAAUAUCGCAAUGUUGAACAACGCUGGAAGAGAAGAAAUGACAGACAAAGGGAUGAAGCUAGAGGAACUGAAGAAGGAUAAAUUACACUUAUUGGAUCUGCUCAACGAAAAAGAUAAAAUCAUCAAUCAAAUACGUGAGGAUUGUAAUCAACUCCACCUAAAUCUAACGACGAUAAAGAAUAAACUAAAGGAACCUGGUACUUUGGUUGAUCUGGGAAAUAGGUUGAGAGAUGAGCAAAGGAAAAAUGCAGAAUUAUUGCAACAGAUACACGAGCUUAAGGCUCAGUUGAUGAAUUAUAAGACUGAUAUAAACACAGUUGAUGAAAUAACAGACCAAUUGAAACGACAGUUAGACUACGCAGCUGAAAUAGACUCGAACAUUAUUUCCGCUGUCAGUGACCAGAGCCUAAGUUCUAUAUCGGAAACUCAAGAUGUAGAGCUAUAUAAAAAGGCGUUGAGUAAAGAAAAAACAUUCAAGAAAAAUUUGAUGGCACAGGUUAAUAAACUGCAGUCUCAGUUGACUGAGUUACAAGCUGACCUCGAUAAAGAAAAGGUAAUUUCUCAGCAAAUUCAAAUUGAGGACGCAAAACUUAUAGAGCAAUUGAGGAUUCAGUUGGACGUUGCUUUGGAUAGCGGAGAAGAUUACAAGAAAGAGUUAGAAGGAAAGAAAGAAAUGCUGUUAAAUCUAGAAAAUGAAAUAGAGAUAUUAAAGAAGAAACUCAGCAGCUGCUCAAACUCAAAAUCCGAAUCCACAGAAUACAAGCAACUGCCCUCGAAAGAAGCACUGGAUUUGUGUCAAUUGAAGAAAGAAUUUGGAUGUUUGGAAGAUGAGAGAAAUGAAUUGAUGGUUGAGAUAGCAGCAUUGAAGCAGGCGAAGCUGGAAGCCGAAAAUGACCUGAAGCACACGAAGGAUAUGUUGAAUAUGGAAGUUUUGAGAUGUCAGACUUUGGAAGAGAAGAUUAGUGAACAUUUGAAGAAAGAGUCGGAACUUAGAGAUACAAUCAUCUUGAAAGAUAUGCAGAUAGAAACAUUGACAGUACAUCGUUUUUGUCGUCGUUUAUUGUCAGCAAAAGCAACUUGACCUCAACCCGAUUUCGACUUGUAGAUGUAACUGUGACAUAGAUCGUAUCUUAAAAAAAUCAUUCAUAAUCCGAUAAAUGCUCUUCUCCAUCACGUUUCUGUGUUAUCUCAAUGUGGACCUUACACGAGAGCUAAAGUUGAUACAAGAAUUUCAGUAGCGUACGAUCAUCAGUUUUUGGUAAAUAAAAAAAUAACGCAUAUGCUAAUUGUUUGAUCUGGCUGUAUUGUAUUUGCGAAAUAUAUUACUUGUGCGCUUUUAGUACAUAGUACAUAGUACUUAGUGACUUUUCACAACUUCGAAACUAGACGAAAUCUGGUUGAAGUUGCGUUGCCGUCGGCUUGCUUCUGGUGAGAGUGCCUUAGUCUAUUUUGACAUGUUACUGAAACGCUUUCCAGUAUGAAAUGGAAAGAGAUAAGACAAACCUAACCAAGCAAAAGACUGAGCUGAUAGAAUUAUUGAAAUCCCGUCCAUCACUUGGGCCUUCUCCUCCCUUGGAGGCCAACUCAAGCGCUCCAAUUUCUGACGAAUUGCUCAACAAAAUCAAAGAAUUAAAUAGGGCCUUAUUAGAUAACAGAAAGCUGAUGGAGCACAUCCAAAAACUGAGUGAGGAAAAAAGAGCUUUGGAAAGGGAACUUGAAGUAUUGAAACAUACUAGGGGAGAUAAUCAACCACUCGAUGACUUGGUUGCGAGGUGUGACUAUCUGUUUGGAAAAACGCUUAAGCUGGAAAGCACGAAGAAAGCGUUGAUAUGGCAAAAACGAUACCUGAGUGACUAUAUGUUAAGUCAUCAGAAACACUGUUUGCUGAGUAAUGAGAACGGUAAAGUUGCAGCAUGUAGGAAUGAGUUUUUCAAGAGGUUAUCACCUAAGCAAAGAUUCAGAUCUGUGGUGCUAGCCGUCACCUCAAUCCAUCGUAUGACGUUCCUGGUGAAGCGCUGGAGUAGCGGCGCGCGCAUAGUAAGCAAAAUCAAUUCGAGGCACUACAAGCACCUGCUGCAACCUACAGCGGUGACGUCGACGACUGGUGCCCCUAACCGGGGAUUCGGCUUUCAGGUGGGGCAGCCGGUGUCCAGUCAGCUAUUCUCCGCCACACCUACCAGAACCACCAAUCCGUUCGUUGCUAGAAGUGAAGCUACUGGUGAUAUGCAGGAGAGGAUUAUAUCGCCUGCACCCAGCGCGGCUGGUGGUACUAGAAAUGAGAGCUUGCCGUGGUUUGGAAAUAGCCCGCCGUCCAAGGAAGAUAGGGGAGUGAUAAGAAUAGGGUCUUCAGCCUUCACUAGGGCAGACAUGAAUCCACUGAGAGCACCAACGUUAAUCGCAGAGUUUGCAGGAAGGAUAGAUCAAAUUCAGGAAAAGCUUGGGUUAGCGUUGGAUAGUAGUAACACAUAGGUUGUAGGUAUUAACGCAGAACCCAUAAGUAUCGGCAUAUAUGACAAAUAUUUAAAUUAAUGAGAUAACCUUUAAGUUUUAGUUAUGUUUAUUUUAUAUUAAUGACCAAACUAGUCAUUACUUUAUAUUGAUUACCGAUCCUUUUAUUUAUGUUAAAGGUAUUGAGUAUUACCAUUGAUCCAACCAUUAACAAAAUACUAUUUUUUUCUGUGACAGGAAAAAAGUUUAACAUAUCUCUGUUGACAGGUAACAAAAUGUCACUUUUUAUGAAAUUACUUUUUUCCCCGGAAAAAAUACUACUUUUUUCCCAGAUAUUGUAUGAAUGAUUUAGCUGGCAAUAAUUUUUGUGACGCUACUUUGUCUACUUCUACUAAUUCCGGUGGAGUCAAAGAAAACUCGGAAUCAGACAUUUUUCAUUUUAUAGUAUUAAAAAUAACUUCUAAACAACCACUAAGUUCACACCUUUUAAAUCAAAUCACAAAAUUAAAUUGACAGCUAUUUGGUUAUUUUCAAAGUUUCCUUAGCAACGCAGGUCUAAUUGUCUCUAUAGGUUCAAUAUUAAAUCGUGCAUUAUACACGGGAAAAAUACUAGAUUUUAGCUUCUAGUAAUUGUUUUCCCUUGUAGAAUAAAUAACAUUAUUCAUACAUUUCACAUCAUUGAUAUUUUAAGUUACCACUGUAGAAAUGUGUGCCUUCACGCCAAAGUGCCAUUUAAGUUUUGCUCUACCUAAGAUAUAGUAUUUUUUAUACUGUUAUAAUAAAGCACUGAAUUUUGUAGUUCAUA